AUGCAACAAGAUCGUCCGCGAAAGUUGCAGCGCAUUUCACAAGCAUGCGACCUCUGCCACCGCCGCAGUAUUCGCUGCAGGCCUAGCAAUGAAGACAAUGAUCGUUGCCAGAACUGCUACGACUUCGAUGUCGCCUGCACAUAUGACCGCCCCUCUAAGCGCAGAAAACAUCCCCAAGCACCCGUGGCGCCCGCUCAGCCCUCGCAACCUUCGGCGCGUUCUUCUCUACCAACAAACACACUGACCUCGGACAGUGCCAACGACUUCCCCUUUGUGCCUGCUCUGGUCACCUCUCGCGACUCAGCCGAACUCGAUCUACCAUGGAAGGUAUUUGCUCUCUCGAGCGAGUCCGUCAUCCUGGAUCUUCUCGAUGCCUACAUGGAAGUCGUCUAUCCUCUAUAUCCAUUCUUCAACGAGGCCUCGGACAGGGCCAAAAUCAAGAAUAGGCAACACUUGACUGACAAAGGCUUCUUCUCUUCAAUCAUGGCCAUGUGUGCUCUGGCAUCGGCACGUAUCCGCGACGGAGCCGAACCAUCGAGAAUAUCUGAAGCGGUCAGAAAACCCGCAGCAUCGUCCGAAGUCUUCUUUACUGCUGCCAAAUCCGUCUUCACAUCCGAUCUCGACAAGCUUCGUGGUUUUGACUUUGUCAGAGCUUGUACGCUCCUCUCGCUGACCAGCAUCCAAUACGGUCAAUCCCUCGAUGUUCAACAGUACUCUGGCAUCGGCAGCACUCUUAUCUCGAUGCAACGCUUUUAUGAUGAGAAAUAUUGGCCCAGCGGCUUAGAAGAGUCCGAGAAAGAAACAUACAGACGCGUGUAUUGGGGUUCCUAUACGUUGGAGGUCUUCACCGCUGUCGUCUGGAACUGUUUCAUACGCACACAAGAGGUGCACUUGAACGUGCGAUAUCCCAACGAACUCGACGAGGGGACCGUUGCCAGCACCAAAAUCGAAGUCCCGGCUGGCCAACAUCGUGUGAGUUGGCUCGUGGGGUGGAAUUUCACCAUCGAUCUUUACCGCGUCCUGGAACACGUCGUCAACAAAUCUCGAGCCAAGCGCUUUAGCCAUGACGAUCGUCGCAGUGUCGACAGUCUCGUCUUUGGCGACGCUUUUUCCGAAAAGAGCGUCAUGGCGACUAUGCUCAACAUGUACUACGCUUUACCACCACAAUUCAAGGCCACCCCUCACAUGACUGGCGACACAACCCAGGACACCUAUGCCUUUCAAGCUGCCAAUAUUCAGGCAACACUUCAACUGCUUCGUAUGAUGCUGUUUUCUACAGAAGACGGUCCCAGUGUCGAAAGAAAGUGUGAUGUGGCCGAUGAAGUCCUGACCGUCUUCAGAGCCAUUCCCCCAUUCUAUCUGAGAGCCAUAAGCACCCCCAUGAUCUACCAACUGGGAAGCCUUGGCGGUGUUCUUGGUUCUGUCUUCGAGCACCCCUUAUACCAGAAAGACUAUCAACGUGUACGAGUUUCGCUGGUGGCACUGGCGACACUGCUGGACGGGUUGGAAUCUAAUCUGCAUCGUUCUGCUGGAGCGAGUCAAGGGUUGUUGGCUCAGGUCGAAAAAAUUGAUCAUUACAUGCAUUCCCAAAGGAAUAAUACUCAUCCGAUACCACAACAGCACCCGCAACAACACCUACCGCAAUCUACGGCCGCGCCACCAACAAUGUCGAUGGGUUUGCAACCAACUAUGCCAGAGAUCAAUGGCAAUGGCAAUGGCCAUGGCAACGCUAUUCAGAUCCCAACAGACCUUGCUUUAGAAUGGCCAUGGCCAGUCUACCAGGAAUAUCCUUACUACAUGGAUAACAACGGAUUCUAG